CUUUCAGUGCUAUCUAUUGUUUGCCUUGACAACAAAAGAUUCUAGUUUUUCCAGUUCUUUCAUUUAGGGAAACUGCUGGUAAGAGCACCAUCCUCAGUAAAACAGUGUUUCUGAACAGCUUAGUAGAUGAAGUGUUUGCGCAGAGAAAAAUAACCAUGUUAAAAUGCAGCUUACUUUUGUUUGGUUUUGGACUAAUAUUUAUUGGAAAGCCAAUUCAUACAGCAGGUGCAUCCUCUCAUCAGACAUCUAGACUUUCAACAUUUGAAAUAAUUACCCCGCGAAGUUUAACAGGCAGGGAGAGACGCCACACAUAUUUACAUGAGGACCAUUCAGAUGAUCGCUCUUAUUCGAUUCAAACUGCAAAUGGAACAUAUAUCCUAAAACUAAAGAAAAAUACAAAUCUUGUUAGUGAAGAUUUUGUACUAUAUACAUACAGCAAAAAUGGGAAAUUGGAGGCUACCCAUUCAAAUAUGAAGACACACUGUUACUAUGGUGGAGUUGUUGAAGGAGUUGCUGAUUCUAUGCUUGCUCUUAGUACAUGUGAUGGUCUUAGGGGAAUCCUUCACAUUGGUGACAAACAGUAUGGUAUGGAGCCAGUUGACACAUCAGCUACAUUUGAGCACCUAUUUUAUCCAUUAGAAUAUGUUCAACAAGAUCCUUUUCUGUGUGGUGUGCUGAAUGAUAACCUUCACCAAGAGAAGAGUGUGAAGAAUUCUCUCAGAUAUACAAAUGUUUCACACAGUUCUUUCAGCAGGGAAAAGCUUUUUAGGAAAAAACGAGCUGUGCUGCCACAGAGACACUACGUGGAACUAUUUAUGGUUGUGGAUAACAACAGGUAUUUGCAGAAGAAUUCUGAUCCUGUAGCUGUGCAAAAGGAAACAAUUGAGCUGACUAAUUAUGUUGAUGUGAUGUAUGAUGCAUUGAACAUCCAGAUUGUUUUGAUUGGGCUAGAAAUCUGGUCAGAUAAAAAUCACAUAAAUGUAAUGGAUGGUUCAGCUGGAGAUGUACUAAAUAGAUUUGUUUCUUGGAGAGAAAAAAAUCUUCUUAAGCGUUCAAGAAAUGAUGUUAGCCACCUCAUAAUAGGAAGAAGUGCCUAUAGUGGGGCAGUUGGAAUGGCUUUUGUAAGUACAGUCUGUUCUCAAGUCCAUGGAGGGUCCAUCAGCACUCUUAAAGGUAACAAUGUGCAACGUCAUGCCACAGUAGUUGCACAUGAGCUGGGGCAUAAUCUUGGUAUGAAACAUGAUGAUGGAAGGUGCUCCACAUCCUACAUUAUGUACAGUACGGAUAAUGCAUCCAAGAAUUUCAGCACUUGUAGUGCCAAUGAUUUUGAGAAACUCAUUUUGAAUGGUGGAGGAAACUGUCUUAAAAAUGCUCCAAAACCAAGUGAUAUUUUCACAGAACCUUUCUGUGGCAAUAACAUGGUGGAUAAGAAUGAAGAAUGCGAUUGUGGCAAACCCCAGGAGUGUACUAAUCCUUGCUGUGAUGCUGUAACCUGCAAAUUUAAGUCUGGAUCACAGUGUGCUGAAGGGUUGUGCUGUGAAAAUUGCAAGUUUAAAGUGGCAGGAGUGGAAUGUAGACCAAAAAUGAAUUUCUGUGAUCUACCUGAAUACUGCAAUGGGACAUACCCAUACUGCCCAGAUGAUGUAUAUAUCAUGAAUGGCUACCCAUGUAACAACAUGAAAGAAUAUUGCUAUAGUGGGGUUUGCCAGAAUCUUGAUUCACAGUGUGAAUCUAUCUACGGACAAGGGGCAAGAAAAGCACCUGAUAUUUGUUUUGAAGUAGCCAACUUGAAGGGAGAUAGAUUUGGAAACUGUGGAAUGUCAAGUGGAACGUACAAUAAAUGUCCCAUUGAACAUAGUCUAUGUGGCAAACUUCAGUGUACAUCUGUCAGUCUUGAAAAUCUUCCUGCUUCUAGUGUUGUCAGCAAUCAAGAUGGUGUUUCAUGUGUGACUUCUGACUUUGACCUAGGGUCAGAUAUCCCUGAUCCUGCUCAAGUUCAAAAGGGAACUGCUUGUGGAAAAGGAAAGGCCUGUGUAGACUUUAAAUGUGUUAAUGCAAGUGAGCUUGGUUACAACUGCGAUGUAAUGCAGAAGUGUAAUAAUCGUGCUGUGUGUAACAACAAUGGGAAUUGUCACUGCAAUCCUGGAUGGGCUCCUCCUUUCUGUGAUAAAUCAGGUUAUGGUGGCAGUAUUGACAGUGGUCCAACUCAUAUAGAUACAUCACUUAGAGAUGGCUUGCUUGUAUUUUUCCUGCUUGUGCUUCCAGUGUUGAUUGCAGUCGUAAUAGCAUUUAUCAAGAGAGAUGCAAUAAAGAGAAGGUUUUGCCGGAAAAGUAGAAGACGAUACAGGGAUAACAAUACACAGCAACCAAAGCAAAAUAAUGAACCUAACCAGAAUAACGCUAUAAAUAAUCAGCCUGCAACAACCAAUUCUGGGAUUUUUACAAUAUCGCAUUUUCCUGCUCCAAGGCAGCCAAUACAAAAUCAGUUUCCUGCAGCUCCUUCAAGAUCUCAUCAGCGACCACCUGUCCCGCCCAGACCUGUUGUCUGAAAGCCAUUUUUAGGACUCCUCACAAAGUCAGACAAAUGCCUUGAGUAAACUGAAAGAAAAUGUGGCAAAGGUAAAUUAAUGACGUAUUUUAGAAUUGUUAUUUUUUUCUUUGUUAUAUGAAAGUCUCAAUCUUGCAGUCCUAGGAGUCAGAACUACCUUUGAAACAUAAUAGACUGUUUCAUCAGAAAAGGCAUGAUGCUGAGGGGAGAUGAACACCUACCAUUCAACUUCAGUGGAAGUUACAGGUGCCCAGCUCCUCCCAGGCCUUUUUUAUCAGAAGGCAUAAGAGCCCAACUCUUACCUACAAUAUGUACAAAUAAUCAUCUCUUCCACAACCUAGACUUUGAGGCACAGCACAAAACUAGCAGCCAGGGAGAGGGGGAGUUUAAGAUGGAUUUAACUCACCUUCCUAAUCCUAAGCCUCUCUGAGGCUCUUGUGUAACUCAGGCAGCUCUGGAGGCCUAAGUUACAACUUCAUUGGGCUGUCUGGUGGGAAGCGGCACUGCCUGGCAUCUCUGCAGGACCACUGUGCUGGAGCCCUACCUCACCACUCUCUUAUGCUAGGGUCUGUGAAGAGAUCCUUGGGAGGCAGCAUUACGGCUGUCUUCUGAGUGCCUCAGAACCAAGGCUUUUAGGGCUCUUUUAUGCCACUUCAGCCCUUUUACACAAUGUCCUGGGGCUGGAGGAGUGGUGAUACUUAUUAGCAAUAUUACAUUUAAACUCAACUAUUACAAAUAAACAAAAGAAUUCUGGUGAAGAGAAUAUGGGUAUAAAUAAUGAAUGUAGCCUCAGCAAUAAUUUUUACUUUAUUACACAUAUCCUUGUGUACUACCUUAUUUACUAUACAUUUCAGGAAAAAGACUAGCUGCUUAACUACAUAUUAAAUGUUUACUGGUAAUUACAAUCUGAGAUUUCUAGGAAUACAUCAGCUCUGAAAUGAACACAUUAUAGUCUUGUAGUUCUAAAUGUGACACUAUCAGCAAGGAGUUUUAAUUUAAAAGAAAAUAACUAAAAUUGCACAGAGUUUGGCAAAAUGGACAACUAAUGGAAUGAGGGCAUGGCGAAUCUAUUACAUAUAUCCAGGGUGAAAACACAGUGGAAAAAGAGAAAAUAUUAAAGGUGAUUCAAAGUGAUAAAAUAAAAUUAACCAAAGGACACUUCAGGCUAAAUAUCAGGAAGAUUUCCCAGUUGUGGGCCAUAUCCCUCCCUCCUAAGUCUGUGUGAGACACCUAAGGUGAAGGAAAGCUCCGUAAGAACUGAGUUUGUUCUGUUCUUCUCAGAGGAAUUUCCAAUAAGGCUGGUGGGGAAACAAUGUACAUUUCUCUGAUCCCUUUCCCCUCCCAACAUGGAUCUCACUGCUACCUGAGCUGCUUUCUGUGCUCACUCACCCCUCCCUAGGGAAGGGAGCACUAUAGCAAAGACACUGUUUCACAUAGAAUGGUGAGAUCUAUGAUUGUUGGGCCAGCUUCAUGUGUGAAUCUUGGGGGCAUAAACUAACAUCCUAAAAUCUAUUAACUUAUGGAUUUGUCUCCCAAAGGAACAGUGGAAACCCCUUUAUUGUCAUUUUACAAUUGAACCAGACAAUGAAACAGAAAAUAUACUGUAGAAAAACAAAACUCAGCACUGACAAGGAGAUGGAUUAGAUGACCUAAGUCUCUUCCAUUUGUAAUUUCUCAGUCUGUGGAAGGCAACCAUUAUUUUUAGUUAUAUUAAAUGUGUGCCCAUUGUUAACCUAUUGCUUAUUGUUUUAAUAAUAAUAGUAUGACAUGCUGGCAGUAUCUUAGUACAAGUUGUUAAUGUUAGCAUAUUUAAUAGUACCUUUAUUUUUUGAAUAUAAGAAAUAUAAAAGUUGUCAAUUUUGUACUCUAGUAGUGUAUAUACAUCAGGAAUCAGUAAAUCAUUUGCACUGGUACUUCUGAUACGGAAAAAAAUGUUUUCUGAAAACUAGCAUUGUAAUUUAUUUCAAACUAAGUCUGGAUAAAAACUGAUGGUUUAUACCUAUAUUGGUUGUAAUAGCAUUCACACAUCUAAUUUAUUAUGGAAAUACUAUCCAGUGUUUCAAGGAGCAUUUUGUUAUUCCCACCUUGUUAAGUGAAUUGACUCAAGCAAUAGAGUCAGAGUGUAUCUCUUAGAAUUUCAGUAACCUCCAUAUUAAACAAAAAUAAAAAUGUAUCCUAUUAUCCAUGUACAUUAAUAAAAUAGUGUAUGAAGUAAAAUAGAAGUAUACUUUUAAAAU